AUGAUGGAAGUGAAAAUAUUCAAGCUGUUACUAUUAUUAUUUUAUAUAACUGAAGCCCAAAGUUACUAUCCACCUUGGAUACGUACAUUUAAAACUAUCCAAGGAGUUCCUUGGUAUGAUGGAUACUUUUGCAAAGACAAUAAUGACUUAGUUUUAACUUUUAUGGCUACUGAAGUUUCAACUUAUUAUGUGUGGAUUAAUGAAGUAUUAGUUGCUGGAACAGAAAUAACAGUGAAAUUUGACGCAGAAGCAUCGAUAUUUAUUAAUCACAAAUCUUAUACGGAGAAUAAUUCAAGAUUUACAAAAGAGCCGGAUACCAUUAAUAAUAUUUAUACAUUUGAGUUUACUAACAAAACUGGAAAACUAUGUGAACUUUUUAGGGUGGAAGGAAACACACCUUACCAUCAAAUACAUAUUACAAGUCUUAAGAUUAAUGGCGUUGAAAAAUGUCACAACCCUGAUAUGGAAGUUUUUGGAAAAUUUCACACGAGGUACAAUUUUCUUUCGAAAGCACCGGACAGAUUUUGCGGCAGACGGAAGAUAAAUGUAGAUAAUAAUUUGCAACAUCAAAUCAUUGCAAGUGAAUCAGCAACAGGACAAGGUUGGUGGCCUUGGCACGCUGCAUUAUAUAUGCUACAGACGGGCAUGUUCACUUACAUUUGUGGAGGGACUCUGCUUUCAAAGCAUUUAGUUUUGACUGCUGCUCAUUGUGUAUCUAGAAGUGGCAGACCAUAUAAUCCAGAAAUUCUUGAAGUAGCUCUCGGAAAGAAUUAUCUUUAUGGAAAUGACACAGGUGCUCAGUCAGUUAAGGUGUUCCAAAUAAUUUUGCAUGACGAAUACAAUCAUAGAAAUCUAAACAAUAAUAUUGCUUUACUAAAGUUAAUGACUGAAGCUCGUUAUAGUAACUAUGUGCAACCAGCUUGCCUGUGGUUCGAUGAAAUUUACGACGUGAUCGGCACCCACGAAAUUACAGGCUCUGUGGUUGGCUGGGGUUUUGAUGGGAUGGGCACAUUGAAUAAAACCUUAAACAUUGAUACAAUUCCUCAAACUCCGGAUAUUACUUGCGUUCUGUUUCAACCCGUCUUUUAUCAUGAAUUGUUGAAUGGAAAAACAUUCUGCGCUGGAUACCAAAAUGGUACCACUCCGUGUAAUGGUGAUAGUGGAGGAGCUUUUAUGGCCUGUGCCAGCUUCGAAGCCAAUUUCGAUUGUCAAAAAGCUGCUCAGGUUAGAAAAAAAUGGUGGAAUGUAGUGUUAGAGGCCAGGACUCGCUUUGGAUUACCAAGCCAACGCAAAGUAAGUGAAUUAGUAGGUACAUUUAAAAAAAUA